AAUGAUUACACUGUAAAAAUUUGCUGUAACUCAUGCAGUAAAAUACUGUGAUUUACAACAGUAAUAUGUUGUAAUAACGAUUUUACGAUAAUUAACUGUAUAAGUACGUUGCUGUACAGUAUAUUGCUGUAAACAUCAGUGUCGUAGAGCAUGGGAACAAAUAUCUACAGUAAGCUAGUGUAAAGGAGCGUGCAAAAAGCAUUGUGGGAUACAGCGCACAUGCGCAUUAGGCGGAUCGGCUGCAUAUGCGCGUAUGCGUUGCACGUGAUUGGCUCCCGCGCUAGCCCGCCACGCCGCGCCGCCAUUUUUAAUUUUCUGCAAAGAUUUGAGCUGAGAUAUAUAGCUGAGCUGGCCGGCCUGAUCCUGAGCAACGAAUCUGAAUCUGUUCUGUUCCUGGUCCUGAUCCUCGAGCUGGGAUAUUGAUGACCAAUAAGUCAAUUCCAAGGGGAUCCGAGUAUGCCAUGGAUUACUGCUGAAGUCACACAGUGUGCAUGCUGAAACACUAAUCAGACGGAUGCUCUACAUGGACAUCAUAUACCCAUGUACGUUUGUAAGCUAUGUAAUCAUUCUUCUGGAUCAUUGAAGCGGUUUUCUGAACACUUUUCAGUCCAUAGAAAUGUGGUGAAUUUCGAUUUCCCGUGUGGUGUUCCUGGCUGCAAUCGAACAUUCAGAAAUUAUUCAUCCUUCAAAACCCAUGUGCAUAGGGAUCAUCAACCAUUUUCAAGAAAAAAAGAUGCCCAGUUUUUCUGCGUUUCUACCUGGAAUUGUCCACUCUGUGCUGUAAAAUGUGAGGAAAUCCAUGACAUACUUUCUCAUCUUAGAGUUCAUAUCAAACACGGAGUUGAAAUACGCUGUCCUUUUGCCAAUUGCAAAAAACGUUUUUCAGUGAGGUCGUCUUUUGCGUCACAUAUAUCAAGAGUUCACAAUAAGUUAGACCAGAUUCAGUUAGACUCAACUUCAAGUGAAACUGGUACUGUGUUAACUGAAUCCGCCCAAGAAAAUAAUCAGGAGUUUCCUGGAAGACUGCACUCAAGUGACGAGGAAAGUGUGACAGAUGAUGAAGUAGAUGUAUCCGCUGACUCAUUCAAACACAGCUUAUCCUUGUUUUAUCUGAAGUUGGAGGCAAAAUUACUACUGCCCAACUCUACAAUUCAGGAAAUAAUUGACACAGUUCAGGAUAUUCAUGCAUUAAGCCAACAAAAUUUGAUACCAAAAUUAAAAAAGAAACUUGAAGGAAUAGGAAUUACCGAUGAUGAGGUUACCAACGUUUUAACUUUAUUUAAAUCUGAGGAUUUGUUCAGUGCUUCAAAUUGUAAAGAAUUUCGAUCAGAGUCUACAAGAAAAUCACAUUUUAAAGCAGUUUUUGAUUAUGUUUCCCCAACUGAGAUAUAUUUAGGAGAAGAUCAGUUUGGCAAACAGCGAUUUUGCCAAUACAUUAAAAUUCAAGACACACUAAGAGCAUUAUUCAAGCAGAACUCAUUUAUCAAAGAUUACAAAGAGACUCAUAAAGCUCAACCUGCUUUACAAAGGACCAUUCUACGUGAUGUUUAUGAUGGCAGAGCAUUCCCAAAAGAUGAGCCUUUGCAUAAAAACUCAGCAGUAACACUCAUAUUGUACCAAGAUCAGGGUAAAUUUCCCGAUCACAGAAUACCUGGUAUUCUCGAACUUCCAGUCAGUCUGAAUACGCCUUAAGAUAUAUAUACUGGAAAUGUCAUUUCUUGCAAAAUUUAUAACAUGUUCUGUAUAAUUAUAAGAAGUGUAUCUUAGUACAGACUAACAUUCAGAACAAAUUACAGGGGCGCCUACAUACUACAUCAAUUUCAAAAUUAUCAAUAAAAAAAAAUCCCACUUACAUUGAGUAUCUGAACCCUUUACUUUCACACACUUUCUUAAAAUUUUAUUUGUGUCUUUUUGCCCUUUUUAGACAUUUGCAAAUGUUAUGCUUGCAAAAGGGAUCAUGUACCUUUAAUAUGCAUUUCAAUUGAACUUAAUAUGAAACAUCACAAGUGAAAAUUGAAAUUUGAAAUCAAAUAUUUUGUUAGUGAGGGAGGUUAAAAAAGUCACGUGACUUCGUGGUAUUAAGGAAGCUGUGUGUUUAGCCUUGAUGCAAAGAGACCAACUACAGGGAGCCCAAACUUUUUUAAUAAAUUGUGUCUAGCGGUCAUUGAACUUCCUAGACAAAGCAUUAGCACAUGUAUUCUGUGAGCCUGGCAUGUGUGCAGCCUUGUCAUCAUAAGCAUUGCUUGAUUGUUUACUUACUGUUUUCCAAAAUAUGUUUUACAUUACUUGCAAUUUAGCAUUAUUUUACCUUAGUGAAUUUUCAUAUAUUUUAGUCUGUACAUGCAAUACACCUUUAUUUUAAUAAAUUUAAUAAGUCAUGAAAUAAAUGAAUUUGCCAAAUAUUAGGCCUAUAUUUAAGUAACCUAUAUUUUAUUUCGACAUAUUUCAAGUUAUAUAAUAAUAUAUUUUUUUUAAGUAACUUAUAUUUUAUUACGAUAUAUGUUACGUUAUAUGGUAAUAUGUUUUUUUAUCAUAUUUAAUACGUAGCAAUAUUGUAGCUAAACGAAUUUCAUAAUUUUAUGUUUUCAUUUUACAUGUACACAAAUUGAUCAUAUUUUCUAUUUUCUUUGUUCAUUGUGCACAUUGGUAAUUCUAUUUCAUUAAUUUCUGUAUAUCAUGUAUAUUUUCUUAUUGUCAAGUAUGUUUUACGGUUUUUGUUAUUUUGCACAGCCCCUUUGUAAACCAGCCGAGUAGCUGAAUAGGGCUUUUACCGUCAAUAAAUCAAUCAAUCAAUUGAAUGACAGCUCAUGAAGUUGAAACAAGUUUCUGUGCAGAAUUGGCAUGUAAAUGAGACAAAAAUACAGAAGAAUAUGAAACACGUAUUAAAGAUUACAAGUUUAAUAUAACAGAGCAACUCAAAUUAAAUGGGGUAUUAGUUCAAAAGAUAAAUUAAACAAAAAUAAAGUGAGUAAUGUCUUUUGGAGAGAUUCUACCAGGUAUAGAGAGUUUUCCUUGAUUCUGCCAGGUAUAUGGAGACUUUUCAUUGAUUGUAUUCUGAUAGUAGUUGUCGUUUAAUAGUGGCUUUAAAGGAAGAUAAAAGUGUAUAAAAUAUGUCUUGUUUACAAUUGAAGAUAAUUCUUUACAAUAGUUUUUUACAAUUCAGAAUUUUAAAGUGAACAUAUUGUUGUCUGUUCGACAAAUAAUUUUUGACCCAAGAAAGUGCAGUGCCCCUAAGCCAUACGUUGUGAUUUAGCAUAUCAAUGCCUUAAAGCCGCUAUGUCUGCACAAUUGCAUGUGUUAUUCUGUCGUAUAAUUAAAUUAAUGCUAGGUCGGGUGAAUGAUUUUUUUUAAAGCCAUAUUGGUUGGGAUUAAGCAAGUUAUGUGUAUUUCAGAAUUGGUAUAAUCUAAACAAUUUUUUCAAGAAUUUUUGAGAUACUGGAAGGAUGACUAUGGGUCUGUAGAUUCUUGAGUACUUGAACUUUUGCAGUUUUUAGUGGUUUUACUUGUUUUAAUGUUUUACUUGAUAGUUUCUUUGCAAGCAUUUUCAUAAUGUUACACUAUUUGAGAAACUUGUUUUAUGGAGCGUUGAUUACCCAAUAAAGACUUUAAUAAUGA